AUGUACUACCCACCUACAUCUACACCUUCUAGGCGUGAACCAAUGGUUAACACCAACGUUAUUCAAAAAAUUCUUGAUGACAAUGUCCAACUAAUUCGCAGCAUAAUAAAUAAUCAACAAGCGGGUAAUAACAGUCAUGAAUUGCAACAGAAUCUUCAACUUCUCCACAAGAAUCUCAUUUACUUGGCAACAAUAGCCGAUCAGGCCAACAGUAGCAGCAGUAAUCCAUCUGCCCCACCACAACAGUCAGGAGGACCACCCCAACAGCAUCGUGGUGGACCACCACCACCACCACCAAAUAUGGGAGCAUUUUCUGACCAGCAACAGCACUCCUAUCCUCCUCCUCCCUCUUCUCAGGGCCAACCGAUGCGUGGUCCGCCCCACCAAUCGAUGCCACAACCACCAAAUGCCUACAUGGGACCACCCAUGGGGCCUGGUAGUGGUAUGAUGCCAGCAGGACCAGCACCACCACCACCUCAGAACCAGCAUGCUCAGCCUGGACCUCCACCACCACCGAUGGAUGAUCGGGUCUAUAUGCAGCAACAGCAAAGGCAUUGUCCUGCAUAUCCGGAGUCAUAG